GUUUGAAUUUCCGUUAUCUUUGGGAGCUUUCUUGUUUUUUUCAUUUUAACGAAGAAUUGUGCUCGCAGCCGGAGUCGAACCGUUGUUCUGCUGCGAUUCGUCUCGCCGGCCAUUUUGCGUUGCAGGUCUCCUACAUUUCUGUCGCAAAGGCCGUUUCAGCAACGCACAUUUUACAGGAAAUGGAAGAUUGGGAACUUCAAAGAUGUUGCAAUCAUGAUCAAGUCAUCUAUAUUGCGACUAUUGGUGCCUUCAUUUUUGUGAUUCUUGCUCUUUGGAGGACACCAUUAUUGACUCCUUUUAAGCUCAUAACUGUGUUUCUUCAUGAAGCAAGCCAUGCAAUUGCUUGCAAACUUACUUGUGGCCAUGUUGAUGGUAUUAAAGUUCAUGCAGAUGAAGGUGGCGUGACACAGACACGAGGUGGAGUGUAUUGGGUGAUUCUACCUGCUGGAUAUCUUGGUUCGUCUUUCUGGGGAAUGGUUCUUGUUCUUGCAUCAACAAAUCUAGUAACAGCAAGAAUUGCAGCUGCUUGCCUUGCAGUUGCACUUCUUGUUGUGCUUUUUAUUGCUAAAAAUUGGCUUCUUCGAGGCCUAUGUAUUGGUUUUAUUAUUUUCCUUGCAAUAAUAUGGAUUUUGCAAGAAAAAACAGAAGUUCAUAUACUUCGAUAUGUCAUCUUAUUCAUAGGUGUAAUGAACAGUUUGUUCUCUGUUUAUGAUAUCUAUGACGACCUGAUAUCAAGGAGAGUUAACUCAAGUGAUGCGGAGAAAUUUGCUGAGAUUUGUCCUUGCCCUUGCAAUGGAAUGGCCUGGGGAGUGAUAUGGGGAUUCAUAUCGUUUAUAUUUCUUUGUGCAUCGGUAUAUCUUGGUCUAGUCAUCUUGUCUUGAGGUUUUUCAGGAAGAAGUUUACAAGUCCUGAAUUUCUUGGCAAAGAAAACAAGGACAACUGAAGGUUAAAGCGAAAGACAUUUUCCCAAAGCUUUGAAGCCUCUGAAUUACUGCUUCAGUGUAUUCUAUUAGGUUGUAGAGUUUGUUCUUAGUAAUUCUUUGUUAGAAGAAAUCAUUCAUAAUGGAUAUUUAUUAAUUGUACUUGGUCCCUACUGGUCAUGCGUGCUUGCUUGAAGAGAUUCUGUAAUUUUAAGGGGAACGCAAUUAUUUUUUUACUAUAAACUAAUAUAAUAGAUGGGAAGCAUAGUUGACUAGUGGGAUUCAGAAGUGCGACAUGCUGUUAGAUGGUGGCAAUUGCUGUCUUGAUUAUUUAUGCAAUUUGAGUUUUUGAAUGAA